UCGCUAACAACCAUCGGCCCGUCCCUCUCACUGGCUCACACCACACCAGCUCGCCCCGCCGGCUCCCUCUCCCCUCUUACCGGCUCCGUCCUUUCUUCUUCCUCCUCGCCGCCGGAGACCGGUCCUCCGGAUCCACCUCCGGUGCGUGGCCAGGGCGGGGCUCGUCGGCGUCCGUGGCCAGGGCGGGGCUCGUCGGCGUCCGUGGCUACUGCAACUAAUAUCCCUAAUACACCUGAAGUUCUUGAAAUGGCUGACAACAUGCGCCAUGUUCCAAAAGGUUCAAUGACAUAUGGUGAGGAUGGAACUGGUGGACUGGCAUCCUCUUCAAAUCAAACGGAUGAUCUCGAAGACGAAAAGGGCGUUUUUACUCAACUUAAAAUAAACCCGUCAGAGCCUGAUCCGGCGGCUUCAAAGGGUUUCACCUUCAGCCAGGUUAACUGCUGGCGACCAGGAAGCAGCGGGAAGUUAGUCUGCUGCAACUUCUCUUCCGACGGCAGGAUCUUGGCAAGUGCUGGACAUGAAAACAAGGCUGUAGUUUGGAACAUGGACACUUUCCAGACACAUCAUUUACCAGAAGAGCACGCUUACCUUAUCACCGAUGUCUGUUUCAGACCUAACUCUACACAGAUGGCAACAUCUGCUUUUGACAAAACAAUUAAGCUAUGGAAUGCUACAGAUACUCGAUUCUCUCAUCAUACAUUCUCUGGGCAUAAAUAUCCAAUUGUGUCACUAGAUUUUCAUCCAAAGAAGACAGACCUUUUGUGUUCUUGUGAUAGGAAUGGUGAAAUCCGGUACUGGGACGUGACUCAGCUUACCUAUCUGGGUGCCAUGAAGUCUGACUUUGGACGGGACGGUCCUCUCGUUCGUUUCCAACCUAGCACUGGACAAUUACUCGCAGCUACUACAGGAAAUGUUGUCUCUAUAUUUGACGUUGACACACGUACCAAAAAGUACACCUUGCAGGGCCAUAACAAAGACGUGCAGUCAGUGUGCUGGGACAACACUGGGGAGUACCUUGCGUCUGUCAGCCAGGAUCUAGUUAAGGUGUGGUCAGUAUCAUCAGGAGAGUGCAUUCAUGAGGUCAGCUCAAAUGGAAAUAGGUUCUAUUCUUGUGUGUUCCACCCAAGUUAUACCAACCUCUUGGUGAUUGGAGGCUACCAGUCUUUGGAGCUAUGGGACAUGGUAAACAACCAAAUUAUGACGGUACAAGCUCACGAAGGUGUAAUUGCCGCGUUGGCACAAUCACCGGUAACCGGGAUGGUGGCUUCCGCGAGCCACGACAAAUCUGUCAAGCUGUGGAAGUAACAAUAAUAUGUGAGAGGAAGGAAGUGUAUUUAUCUCGAUAGGUGUGUGUAUGUGGCGCAAAGAUAACAAACAUGAAAAGGACUAAUGUUGCCCUCUCCCCGCCCCCCUGUUCCGUUCUAUGAAUGCUUGUCAGAUGUAAGAUGUAACAUUUCCUGUGCUCAACCAUAACUCAUUUGUAAUCGUGAUCUCUUUGUAGUCAGCAAAGUUGUGAUCUCUUUGUAAUCAGCAAAGUUGUGAAAA